AUGGCUAUGAUCUCGCAGGAUUUUGGAGGUACUACAAAUGACGCCUAUGGAUGUCAGAAAAGUCGGGUCCAGAGGGCGGUAGUUCACAUUCUUCAUCAAGCACUGAGACUGUUGAGAAACCGUGUCGGCAGCAAGGAAGCCGCAUAUCCCCUGUUACUGGCUUUAUUCUUGUCUUCGUCCCCGAAAGCGGCGCACGAGGCCACAAGAAUAAGACUGAAGGCGGCGAUUGACGGUUUUGGAAAUGGUAUGGGUCUGGGCAGAGUCUCGAACACUAGCAAUGACGACAGCCACCUUCUCGACAUUACCGUCGAUCUCACCUGCUCGAUUGCCCACUGUUGUGGCAGAGCCACAGGCCAGCCAUCCCAUCCGUAUUUCGCAAAGGUUUGCGAACUCGUCGACAAGCUAGAGACACAGAGGUUUGCAUCAUUGCGAGCUGAUGGGGCCUUUCUCUUGGCUCAGAAGACCGACGACCUACGCGAUCUUGUAUUUGCGGAGACAUUGAAGGACAACUUGGCGGAGAAAGAUAAUGUGGCCGUUGCCCAGGGCGACUUUGCAGGUUUUCGAUGGGAACAUGGCAUCAGCGAGUGGAUUGCAGUCAGCCCAGUGGCAAGAAGACAAGAUGCCUUAACGCGAGGAACUGUACAGCGACGCCGAAGCGGAAGACAUGCCAAAGGCAUAGACGACGUCCGGGUCCUGGCGGAUCAAUCGGGAUCGGAUCCGACCAGGGAAGGAAUAGAGAAAAGCGGGUCUCUGGUAGCAAGACCGGCAACGGCGGCGAUCGAGCCAGGCGGUGACCAACUGGGCAAGCGACCGGCGGGGAAAAGGAAGAGAGCACAGAGCGAGGAUCAUGGCAGCGGCAAGCAAGACUCGCGCGCUGGGAUUGACGGAAUUGACGAGCUUGGCAUGGGCCUGGAGAACUGGCCACGAGUUCUAGGCAAGUCCCAAUUGGGAAGCCGUGUUGCAGGAUCCAGGAAACGGGACGGGUGUCGGCGGGUUAUUCGGAGCAGCGAGAUAAGAUCUCGCAAGAUUUUGGCGGGAUUGAGCGUGCAGGCCAUCGCCAAUGGAUGCAGCGACGAGGAUGAGCUAGGAAUACAAUGA